AUGUCUUCACAGGGAAUAACUAACACCACACAGAUUGACGAGGAUCAAAUGCUGCACGAGCAGCGAAAGCAGGAAGUCUUACCUCAACUUCUUCCGAUUAGCUCAUUAAUCAUUCUGACAAAUUUUGUGGUAUUCAUUCUCUUCUGUUCCAGACCAGAAUUACGAAAAGCUUCCAACUAUCUACUGUUUAGCUUGGCGAUUUGCGAUUUUUUGAACGGCUCUGUGAACAUUCCUCUUUUUAUUGUGAUCUUUAUUCCAGUGGUAGAUCAAUCUAAAGUUGCUGGCCUUGUUUGUGCCAUGGAAAUUUCACACAAUUUUAUCGCCAUCGCGGCCGCUUGUCACAUAUUUCUGAUAACCGCUGAGAAAUACAUGGCUAUCUUGCGUCCUCUCAAGUAUCACGUGAUCAAGAAGAGGAAAGUGUUUUGGGCUAUUACGGGAGCUUGGUUUACAUCGGCGUUGCUAGCCGCCGCACCAAUUGGCUGGUUUUCCUUGAGAUUAGGCAAGAAUCCCAUGGGAUUGAUCUUAGAGACCUCAUUCAAUAUCUUCUGCUUGCUUACGAUCUUCGCGGUACCGUACACGUUCAUCAUUUUUGCGUAUGUUGCCAUAUUCAGAAAGGUCCGCGAGAGGAACGCAAAUCAAAACAACCUACAGAGCUUUAAAAUACGCAAAAAGAGGAGAAAUGAAUGCAAGUGUAUUAUAGUUUUUGCUACCAUGGCGAUAGUUUUCGUCAUGUGUUGGCUACCGUGGUUCGCCUUGCGUCUAAUUUUUUCUUUGGUUGGCCAACGGUUGAUUACGCUAAAUUUUGCUGAUAUGGAGACAGCUGCACAGGUCAUCCUAAUCAUGAGAUAUCUUACUUCAGCAGUAAACCCUUUACUUUACUCAUUCCUCAAACAAGACUUUUGGGGAGCGCUGAGGCGUUCAUUGUUGAAGACGUUGAGGAAUGUUAAAAGAACAUCUUCAGAAAGCAGGCCAAGCAAACGAUGAAAAAAGAAGCGAUCCUUGACUUAGCAAGUGGUCGAGAUCCACCCAUUAUAGUCCGCAAAUUUAGAAACCUUUAGUACUCUGUACCUAAACCCUACACCGCAUGGCCCAAGGCACGUUCCUGCUAAGGGGGCUCUCCGUUUUCAAGGAACACCUCGUACUUUAUUUCAGACAAAGUAAGCAACCAUUCUUCAAAGGGUAUAAAAUGAAAAAGUUCAGACCCUCCCCUCUUUUCUCUUACUGAACAUCGUUUUCAAAUAGGGAUAUUGAGGCCCAGUCCACUUGGGGUGGAAGUAUUACGUAGAGGAAUUCGGUUGUAUCGAGUCCCAGGUAUCUCACAGUUCUUUCCUUUCGAGUACUCCAUCGCGUCGCAAAAACCGACGUACUUGUCGAGAGUACGUCGGC